GCAGGCUGUCGGCGCUUGGAUUGGUUGCCGCCUCUGGGACUGAUUUGAAACUUGGCGGUUAAAGCUCCGUUUGGGACCCAGCGCCAGGAGAACGAGAAAGACCAGGGGAAAGGACGUUACAGUUUGCGACGGUGUUGCGCUAGGGCCAUGAAGGAAGAGGUGAAAGGAAUUCCUGUAAGAGUGGCACUACGUUGUCGCCCUCUAGUCCCUAAAGAGAUCAGCGAGGGCUGCCAGAUGUGCCUUUCCUUCGUGCCUGGGGAGCCGCAGGUGGUGGUCGGUAAUGACAAAUCCUUUACCUAUGAUUUUGUGUUUGACCCCUCUACUGAACAGGAAGAGGUCUUCAAUACAGCAGUAGCACCACUCAUAAAAGGCAUAUUUAAAGGAUACAAUGCAACCGUCCUGGCCUAUGGGCAGACUGGCUCUGGGAAAACUUAUUCAAUGGGAGGUGCAUACACUGCAGAGCAAGAGAAUGAACCAACAGUUGGGGUCAUUCCUAGGGUAAUACAAUUGCUCUUCAAAGAAAUUGAUAAAAAGAGUGACUUUGAAUUUACUCUGAAAGUAUCUUACUUGGAGAUUUACAAUGAAGAAAUUUUGGAUCUUCUAUGCCCAUCUCGAGAGAAAGCCUCUCAAAUCAAUAUCCGGGAGGAUCCUAAGGAAGGCAUAAAGAUUAUAGGACUCACUGAGAAGACUGUUUUUGUUGCCUUGGAUACGGUUUCCUGUUUGGAGCAGGGCAACAACUGUAGGACAGUGGCCUCAACAGCUAUGAACUCCCAGUCCUCCCGAUCUCAUGCCAUCUUUACAAUCUCCAUAGAGCAAAGAAAGAAAAACGACAAGAAUAGCAGCUUUCGUUCCAAGUUGCAUCUUGUAGACCUUGCUGGAUCAGAAAGACAGAAGAAAACCAAAGCUGAAGGGGAUCGUCUAAAAGAGGGUAUUAAUAUUAACCGAGGCCUCCUAUGCUUGGGAAAUGUAAUCAGUGCUCUUGGAGAUGACAAAAAAGGUGGCUUUGUGCCCUAUAGAGAUUCCAAAUUAACUCGACUACUUCAAGAUUCUCUAGGAGGUAAUAGCCAUACUCUUAUGAUAGCUUGUGUAAGUCCUGCUGAUUCCAAUCUAGAGGAAACAUUAAAUACUCUCCGCUAUGCUGACAGAGCAAGAAAAAUCAAGAACAAACCUGUUAUUAAUUUUGAUCCCCAGACAGCUGAACUUAAUCAUCUUAAGCAACAGGUGCAACAGCUACAGGUCUUGUUGCUGCAAGCCCAUGGAGGUACCCUGCCUAGAUCUAUAAAUGUGGAACCAUCAGAAAAUCUACAAUCCCUGAUGGAGAAGAAUCAGUCCCUGGUAGAAGAGAAUGAAAAAUUGAGUCGUGGUCUAAGUGAGGCAGCUGGUCAGACAGCCCAGAUGUUGGAGCGAAUCAUUUUGACAGAGCAAGCAAAUGAGAAAAUGAACACCAAACUGGAAGAGCUCAGACAGCAUGCAGCCUGUAAACUGGAUCUUCAAAAGCUGGUAGAGACUUUGGAAGAUCAGGAAUUAAAAGAAAAUGUGAAGAUAAUUCGUAACCUGCAACAAGUGAUUGUCCAGCUCUCAGAUGAAACUGUUGCUUGCAUGGCCGCAGCCAUUGAUACUGCAGUGGAACCAGAGGAUCAAGUGGAAACCAGUCCAGAGACCAGCAGGUCUUCGGAUGUUUUCACCACUCAACAUGCUCUACGGCAAGCUCAGAUGUCAAAGGAGCUGAUUGAGUUGAAUAAAGCCCUUGCACUGAAAGAGGCCCUAGCUAGGAAGAUGACUCAGAAUGACAGCCAGCUACAGCCCAUUCAGUUCCAGUACCAGGAUAACAUAAAAAAUCUAGAAUUAGAAGUCAUCAGUCUGCAGAAGGAAAAAGAAGAAUUGAUUCUUGAACUUCAGACAGCAAAGAAGGAUGUCAACCAAGCCAAGUUGAGUGAGCGUCGUCGCAAACGUCUGCAAGAGCUGGAGAGUCAAAUAGCUGAUUUGAAGAAAAAACUAAAUGAACAGUCCAAACUUCUGAAACUGAAGGAAUCCACAGAACAUACUGUCACCAAACUGAAUCAGGAGAUACAGAUGAUGAAAAACCAGCGAGUACAGUUAAUGCGUCAGAUGAAAGAGGAUGCUGAGAAAUUUAGACAAUGGAAACAACAAAAGGAUAAAGAAGUGAUCCAGUUAAAAGAACGAGACCGUAAGAGGCAAUACGAGCUGCUCAAACUUGAAAGAAACUUCCAGAAGCAGUCCAAUGUGCUCAGACGUAAAACUGAGGAGGCAGCAGCUGCCAACAAGCGUCUCAAGGACGCUCUCCAAAGGCAACGGGAGGUUGCAGAUAAACGGAAGGAGAUUCAGAACCGUGGAAUGGAGGGCACCGCAGCUCGAGUGAAGAAUUGGCUUGGAAAUGAAAUUGAGGUUAUGGUCAGUACUGAGGAAGCCAAACGGCAUCUAAAUGACCUUCUUGAAGAUAGAAAGAUCCUGGCUCAGGACCUGGCUCAACUGAAAGAAAAAAAGGAAUCUGGGGAGAAUCCUCCUCCUAAACUUCGGAGGCGUACAUUCUCACUUACUGAGAUGCCUGGUCAAGUUUCAGAGUCAGAGGAUUCUAUUACCAAGCAGAUUGAAAGCCUAGAGACUGAAAUGGAACUCAGGAGUGCUCAGAUUGCUGACCUCCAACAGAAACUCCUGGACGCGGAAAGUGAAGAUAGGCCGAAACAACGCUGGGAGAAUAUCGCUACAAUUCUGGAAGCCAAGUGUGCCCUGAAAUAUUUAAUUGGAGAGCUGGUCUCCUCGAAAAUACAGGUCAGCAAGCUUGAAAGCAGCCUGAAACAGAGCAAGGCAAGCUGUGCUGACAUGCAGAAGAUGCUGUUUGAGGAACGAAAUCGGUUUGCUGAGAUGGAGACAGAGUUGCAAGCUGAAAUGGUCAGGGUGGAGCAACAGCACCAAGAGAAGGUGCUAUACCUUCUCAGCCAGCUGCAGCAAAGCCAGAUGGCAGAGAAGCAGCUGGAGGAGUCAGUCAGUGAAAAGGAACAACAGCUGCUGAGCACACUGAAGUGUCAGGAUGAAGAGCUUAAGAAGAUGCAAGGAGUAUGUGAGCAAAACCAGCAGCUUCUCCGGGAGAAUGAAAUAAUGAAGCAGAAACUGACCCUCCUCCAAGUAGCCAGCAGGCAGAAAGCUCAUCUUCCUAAGGAUACUCUUCUAUCUCCAGACUCUUCCUUUGAAUAUAUCCCACCUAAGCCAAAACCUUCCCGUGUUAAAGAAAAGUUCCUGGAGCAAAGCAUGGACAUUGAGGAUCUAAAAUCUUCAGAGCAUUCUGUGAAUGAGCAUGAGGAUGACGAUGGUUAUGGUGACAAUGGGAACGAUGAGGAAUGGAAGCCAUCAAAAUUAAUUAAGGUGUCCAGGAAGAACAUCCAAGGGUGCUCCUGCAAGGGCUGGUGUGGGAACAAACAGUGUGGGUGCAGGAAGCAAAAGUCGGAUUGUGGGGUGGCUUGCAGCUGUGACCCCACAAAGUGUCGGAACCGCCAGCAAGGCCAGGAUAGCUUGGGCACUACUGAGCGGACUCAGGAUUCUGAAGGCUCCUUCAAACUAGAAGAUCCUACAGAAGUAACACCAGGAAUGAGCUUCUUCAACCCUGUCUGUGCCACUCCCAAUAGCAAGAUCUUGAAAGAGAUGUAUGACGUGGAGCAGGUGCUAUCAAAGAAGACUGCUCCAGCUCUCUCCUCCUUUGACCUACCAGAAUUAAAAUAUACUGCAACAGAAUCCCAAGAAAAUAAGGCUCCAGGGAAGAAAAAGAAGCGGGCCCUGGCCAGCAAUACCAGCUUCUUCUCUGGCUGCUCCCCUAUCAAAGAAGAGCCCCACUGAGUUGGUGCCAUCAUCUGGAACCCUCGUCUACCUUGGGAGACAUAUUCACGCUGCAGCCAGGAGAAGUUUUUAAAGACUACUCUGGAUUUCAGGUGUCUUGCUGUUGAGGGGACAGAAUGUUAUUAAAAGGAAGGAACCCUUUUUUGAA